GCCCUAGUAGGGCCUAGGCCUAGUUAUGCAGCUUCGGGUCCAUGCCAUGUGGGCUAGGGCCAUUCUCUCACUCAAGAGUCCUGCCAUGCAAAUGCAAGCUUCCUGGACCUGAGGCUAGCCUAGGAUUGUAUGGCUCUCCUACUGAGACAGUGCUAGGGUGGGCUUUACUUUUAUUAUUAAAAAACCAGUUGAAAAAUGAAAGGUAGUAGUAGGCCUGCCUAGGCCCAAGUAAAUAAACCAGGUCAGACCACCAGGUCAUUAUAUGGCUGGGCCAUGGCCUUAGGGGCCUACUACUAGGCCCGGCCCUAGUCUAGUUCUAGCAGGUACAGUACUACUGUUUUUAGCAGCAGAGUAGGAACUUAUAACCAGCUAGGUUGGUCUAGAAAUUGGUUUUUCAUUGGUCUAAUCAGUGAUGCUAUAGAAACGGGCUCUCUCACAGGAGCUCCGGACCAAUGGACCGACUAAUAAGAGCCUCAGUCAAAGUGCCAGAGAUAUUUUAAUCACAGGAUAGAGUUCGCGAGGAGAGCUUUUAUGGAUUAGUAUGGCCCAAAUUGUGUUUUUAGACCAUAAUAUUAAGGAUUGGCAAUAAAAUAAUGUUAUUUUGGUAUCCAAAUUGUUAUUUUUGGUUCGAAGACCUCGUCGUAAUGCUGGAUGAAGGGGUCCAGGCCUAUCAGAUGGGGUGGGGAGGAGGAAAUGGCCUCCUGCUGUGCCAAUAGCAUUCACACUAAAAGAUGCAUGCUGUCGUACACCAUGCCACCAUUUACAGACAGCAAAUCUGCAUUUUAUCCUUUUUUUUUUUUUUGUUGUUUCCAGAAAUUAUAUGGCUACAGUUCUGCAGGUGUUACAGAAUUAUUCGUAUUAGUGACUUAUGAAAGAUGCCCUCAUUAUGAGGAAGUAUUUACUGUCGCAAUCAGCGCAGAUUUGUAUAAAGAUGUUCGCAAAAACUCAAUCAUUGCAGUUGUUUCAAAAAGUAUUGCCUGUGAGUGUUAACAAGAUUCUGCAGGUGAAGAGUUUUACCCAGCAGGCAAGUGCUGUGAAAUGUGUGAAUCUUAGAGAGCGCACUCUACUACAUGUUACAGGACCCGAUGCGAAGGAUCUUUUACAAGGUCUCACAACUAAUGAUAUGCAAAUACUGACAGAAAAUAAUAGAGCUUUGUACACAAUGUUCCUCAAUAAUCAGGGUCGCAUAUUGUAUGAUGUCAUUUGUUAUCGUAUUGAUCCAGGUCGAUGUGAACAAGUUUGUUACUUCUUGGAGUGUGAUACAGCGGCUUCACAGAGUCUAGUAAAGCAUCUAAAAAUGUACAAACUUAGAAAAAAGGUGGAUAUUGCUUUAUAUGAUGAGGCUGAACCUUGGGCAAUUUAUGAUGGCAUGAUGGGAGAUGUAUCAAGUGACCUUAGGGUCAAGAAGUCCAUUGUUGUGCAAGACCCAAGAAUACCUGAAUUUGGAUCUCGUGUGUUGAUGCACCAUUCAGAAACAAGUAGCUCCCAAUUUAGCAUAAUAAUGAGCCAGAAACCAAAAAGAACCGCUUCGAAGCAGCCUGUCGGUGAAGACGAUGAUUUUGAAUCCUUCGUUAAGCAGUCACUAGAGAAAUUGAUUAACGGACAGAAAGCUGUUGAACAUAAAUUAUCUGAAUCCAUUGAAUGGAAUGCCAAACGAAUAGCUGAUUUAGAAAGGUCAGGAAAAGCAAAGGACAAGAAACUGAAACUAUUGGAGGCUGAAUUAGAUUCACCAACAACAGCUAUUGAACCCGGAGCCUCAGUCAAGAAUGAAGAUGGAAAGAAUGCCGGGAAGUUCCGAGGCCACAUCGGAGAGAAUGGACUUGCAUUGGUCAGAGUUGCUUUAAGUCAGAAUAAGAAGUUAUUUGUAAAGGACCAGGAUGACAAGAGUAUAGAAAUGCAGGCAAGAAUACCAGACUGGUGGCCAAUGAGUUUCAGUAAAGGUUGCUAUUUGGGUCAAGAAUUGACUGCAAGAACACACUAUACUGGAGUAAUACGGAAACGAAUCAUGCCUGUUGAUAUAAUCAGUUCACCAACAACAGCUAUUGAACCCGGAGCCUCAGUCAAGAAUGAAGAUGGAAAGAAUGCCGGGAAGUUCCGAGGCCACAUCAGAGAGAAUGGACUUGCAUUGGUCAGAGUUGCUUUAAGUCAGAACAAGAAGUUAUUUGUAAAGGACCAGGAUGACAAGAGUAUAGAAAUGCAGGCAAGAAUACCAGACUGGUGGCCAAGUAAGGAAGAAUUAGUUAUCCAAUGAAUUUGCACUAUAUACUUCACAUGACUACAUCUUGGAAAGCAAUACUGCCCUCCUGUGGUGAAUGAAACUAAACUCUGGAUUAUUGAAGCUGAAAUUCACUGUUAUAGGGUGUUAUAUAAUAGAAUUAUAUACAAUAUAAUAAUCCCGGUUUAGAUGACAGUUCCCACUGAGAUGCAUCUACAGUAUAUAUGAAUGUGACUGAGCCAAUCACAUGAUCUAG